AUACAAGAAAGCAACAAGUGAGAGAGUUUGAAAAAGUGUAGGCAGCAAGUUGGAGAAACCUGUGUGCUAUGCUCUAAUUGUUGUUGAAUUUCUCGCUGUCACCUUUCUCAUUCAUAAAUACUUUUCUAACACCGACCCAUUUCUCUCCUUAUUCUCAUCUACUUUUUUUUUUUUUUUUCAUUUUCUCUUAUACUUCAACAACAUUAACAACAACAUAGUUACACCUUCUCCAUUGUUUUGAUUCAUGGCUCAUUCUACCACCUCUUCAGUUGAAACCAAUGGUCUUACAAAAGAAGACCAUAAGGAAACAAGUUCAUUGGUUGUUUCCUUUGGGGAAAUGCUGAUUGACUUUGUGCCAACGGUCGGAGGAGUGUCACUCGCCGAGGCGCCGGCUUUCAAGAAAGCUCCCGGUGGAGCUCCAGCAAAUGUGGCUGUUGGUAUCUCUAGACUAGGGGGUUCAUCUGCUUUCAUAGGCAAGGUUGGAGCAGAUGAAUUUGGUUACAUGUUAGCUGAUAUUUUAAAGCAAAACAAUGUCGAUACUUCUGGCAUGCGGUUUGACGCUAAUGCAAGAACUGCAUUAGCUUUUGUCACACUUAGAUCUGACGGCGAGCGCGAGUUCUUGUUUUUCCGUAAUCCAAGUGCUGAUAUGCUUCUUCAAGAAUCAGAACUCGAUAGAAAUCUCCUAAAGCAGGCUAGAAUUUUCCAUUACGGUUCCAUUAGUUUAAUCGAUGAUCCAUGCAAAUCAGCACACAUUGCUGCAAUGAACAUUGCCAAAAGCACUGGUUGCAUUCUCUCUUACGAUCCGAAUUUGAGAUUGGCGUUAUGGCCGUCUGCCGAGGCUGCUCGGAAUGGCAUAAUGAGUAUAUGGGAUCAAGCCGAUGUGAUUAAGAUAAGUGAAGAAGAGAUUACAUUUUUGACUGGAGGUGAUGAUCCUUAUGAUGAUGAUGUUGUUUUGAAGAAACUUUUUCAUCCUAAUCUCAAACUCUUAAUUGUUACCGAAGGGUCCGAGGGUUGUAGAUAUUACACAAAGGAAUUUAGAGGCAGGGUUGGAGGUGUUAAAGUUAAGCCUGUAGACACAACUGGUGCUGGUGAUGCAUUUGUUAGUGGAAUUCUAUACUGUAUAGCUUCUGACCAAACUAUUUUCAAGGAUGAGAAAAAACUGAGAAAGGCAUUGUAUUUUGCUAAUGUAUGUGGUGCCAUAACAGUAACAGAAAGAGGUGCAAUUCCUUCACUUCCUACAAAGGAAGCUGUUUUGCAAUUCUUACUAGAAGCUGCUGUAAUAUAACAUACCUCAUUUUUUUUUCUUAUGAUUUCUUGAGAUAUAGCUUAGGGUGAUAUUUACUAAGCUUCUGCAAUUCUUUUUUGUUCUUCCAAAAUUUAAAUCCUUGUAAUUUUUCGCUAUAAAUUUGCGCUCUCGAUUAUUUUUC